AUGCGCUCUGGUCGUGCAGCUUGGAUUGGGUUAAAUACAGCAUCAUAUAUUUGUGAAUUGGUAUUUUUGGGUUUGGCAAUUGCAGUACAAAUAUCACCUGAUUGGGCUGUUUACGAUGUUUCAUAUAUUGGUGUUGUCAAUGAUUAUAAUCAAUUAAGUCGCACUCGUGGAUUAUGGAAGCAAUGUGUUACUAAUCAAAUAGUAAGUUCAUCAUACAAUGGUCAAUGUUAUGCUCUGGAAUCUAGUACAGAAUCUGGCAGCUACAAUGGUAAUGUUCAACCAUUAUUAUCAAUGAGAUCAGCUAUAAACGCGCUGCAAAUCAUUACAAUCAUAUUGGUUUUCAUCAUCAUCGUUAUAACAUGUGUCUUCAUAAUCGUGACAUGGAAGAAACCAGAGAAAUUCAAACCACGAACAGCUCAAUAUACUGCUUUGGGUGGAGGUGCCGCAUUAUGGCUUACAGGUUUAAUUUAUUUCAUCAGUCUUCUGAUAUAUUACGAAGAUAUGUCACAAGAAAAUUAUCGACUAGAUACUAAGCUAACAUCAGCCAGAUCUGCAUGGACAACGACUGUUCGUGAUAAUACGGUAUAUUCACCUGGUGGUAUGAUACCUAUGGCUUGGUCAGCUUGUUUACUUAUUUAUGCUGGUAGUAUUUUACAACUGGUAGCAAGUGCUGUACAGCAACCUCCAGUUCGAGAGGGGUAUGGAUUGUAAGAAC